AUGGGUUGUCAGAUGAGUGCAUGGAUGGAGACCGCUGUGAAGUGUAUCUCUUGGUCAUGCAAAUGCAUUCUGGCGACGCCCAGCCUUUGCUUGCUGCCUCCCAUCACUCUGGCUUUGCGAGGUGUGAGCCUCUGGGGUUUCUUGUAUGUGGCCUUCAUGCUGGCAUCCCGAGGUAUCUCCAAAUACGAUUGGGCCACGCAAUCUUCUCGCUCUAGCUAUGCAUCGGAAGCUCAUUGGGCGGAUCAAGCUCUAGAUCUAUCGCCUGUGGAGUGGUUGUGUCUCUUUGGCACCAUUUUCAUGGGCAUUUGGGUUCAAGGUGUGAUCACCGCCUGGACCCACUUCGCACAGCUGUACACAAGUCAAAUGUGGUACUUUUCUGGCGGCAUACGAGGCACGGGCGCUGCUCCUGCGCUGUCGGUCUUCAGGGCUGGCUGGGUGGGCUUGCGGUACCACCUGGGGAGUUUGAUUGGUGGAGGCUUGAAAUUGAUGAUUGCCAUGCCCUUUCGGCUCACGCUCGGUUGGAUACUUGCUGCGACGCAUAACGAGUACAACCCGGUGGGCUACAUGGUGGGUGGCUGCUGUGAUAGCUGCCUCACCUGUUACAAGAGGGCCUUUAUGCUCAUGAACAGGAAUGCUUACAUGGAUGUGAGCUUGCAGGCGACCCCCUUCGACCAGGCUGCUGAACAUGUCAAGAACAUCUUGGCCAUGGAGCACGAGGCCUCCGCGCUGGCCCUCUUGAACGGUGCCACUUGGCUGUUCCAACUUGUUGGCCUAGCUUCCAUUGCCUCGAUUGGGCAUUUGGUGACGAGCUUUGAGAUACAGGUGAUGGAUAGGCUGCACAACAUCCAAAGUCCUGACUACAUACAGCAGCCAGAGCUGCUGUGCCUGGCUGGGGCUUUCUUAGCUUUGCUCGUGUCUUUCCCGUUCAUGAUGCUCUUCGACAUCGUGUCGGACUCAAUUCUUUACUGCAGAACGAUCCAAAAGAUGAGGCCUCACUCACAAUUGGAUAGGAGCCAUGCGCCGAAGAGCGUCAGAGCAUCGUCAUCCUCAUGGGCACGGCCGUUUUUUAAGCCGGAGCAAGCCGCAGCCUUCAGGCCAUUGGCUUUGACGGCUUUGACUGGUCUGGCCUUGGGCAUGCUUGGGGCAGACCAGAUCAGACAUGGCCGCAAGCUGUCGAGGAAAUCGCGCAGAAAUGUUUGUGUCUCGAUCCAUUGGCGGAGAUGGCGAAGGAGUGUUAGCCGCCAAGCAAGUGCAGCCCAGUUGUGGGAGAUGACGGAGGCUGUGGCGGACGCCUUGGAACGUGCCGAGAUUCGCCUGAUGGAACGCGCGGAGUUGGGCGUGGCGGGCGAAAGCUCCAUGGGAGCCCUCGGAUCCAUGGCGGCCUCGAUGGCAGAGGCCAGCGGCGGCCUUGCCACAACCGCCGAGACCGCUGCGGUGACGCUGGCAGGCCUCGAGGCGGAUACGGUUCUUACAGCAUCUGCAGUUGCUGCAAUUGCAGCUUUUGCUGCGAGGAGCGCUGCAAAGAAGCGCAUGGCUGAGUGGGAGGUCGCUAUGGAAGAGGAUGCACACGUGGCCCACCUACAGCAAGCUUGGCGGGCAGUCCUGCGACAACAUCCUGAAGCAGUCCUGGAAGCCAACUUUUUGGGUCAGCCCUUCGGAUGUGAGCAGGUGAAGCAGCGCUGGCCACGGCUGGUGCAAACCCUUGGUAUCUCGGAGGAUCAGGCACUGAAGAUUAUCGAGAUGGAUGCGACCCCUCUGUUGGUCGAGUCUGAUUCGGUGUCCGAAGUCCUGGCGCGUUUGGCGGCCAUCAGCUCGCGUGAAAAGGCGUUGGAACUGGUUGGCCGCAGUCCGUCUUUGCUGGUUGGUGGAGCCAUGAACGAGGCCACUGGAACGAAAAACCUGGCUGCAUCCACCUUGAUUGAUGUGCUAUAUGCCGGGCGCUUGUAUCGGGUCCUUGAAGAGGAGGGCCGCGACAAUGAGGGCAAGCUGAGGGAAAUCGAGUUGUACGCGCAGCUGUUAUCUGCCUUCCGACCCUGUGUGGACCUGGUCCUCUCGGGCCUCACGGCCCGGGAUGCGACAGAUGCGACACGACGCAUCUUCCGCACUCUGCAGGAGAGCGCGCCGAAUGAAUCCAUUCGGGUUUUGCUGCAGCGUGUUGCAGAUGCCUCAGAUCCUUGGGCAUAUCUGGCAGAUCAGACCCGAGCAGGUUUCAAUAUCGGAGGAAGACUCGCGUUCCGUCCGGCGUUGACCAAGAAGAUUUUGCCGCAUUCCCAGUCUAUUGUCACCCACCUGCCGUCCAUUUACACACGGCUCUCCAUCCUGGGACCGCACGUGCCAAGCAUUGUGCGGAUUUUGGACCAAUACCUCGACAUCGUUGAACCACACCUAGAUCGAAUCAUGGAACGAAUGGACCGCAUCGAGCCACAUUUGCCCUACAUUCUGCUUCAUUUGGAUGUUUUGGCAAAGCAUUGUGGCGCAUUGCUGGAUCAUUUCGAUUUGCUGAUGCCGUACGCAGAGCUAGGUCGGAAGAAGACCAACCCGGAACUUGAGCAGUGCUUUGAUGAGCCACGGAUCGAAGCAGUCGAGGAAUGUUUGGUGGACAACCUCACAGAUGGCUGGGAGGGUGCAGCAAGAGUGGAGGAGAACUCGUAUCUUCCAAAGCUGCUGCCUUACGUUGAUUUUUUAGUUCCAAAUUUGGAUGAGCUUGCUCCGCACUUGCCAUUGGCUCACCCGCACAUUCCGUAUGUCUUGCCUUACAUGGACGACUUGCUUCCAUACAUCAAGCGUUUUACGCGCUUUACGGAGGCGGGUCGACAGACACCCCUUUGGAGUGGCAGGGAACUCCUGAAGUUUUGUAACGUCAACUUAAACCCGUUUAACCCCAAAGGAAGAAAAAAACACAGCGCAAACUCCAAUCCAGUAGCCGUGACCCGUUUGCAGGUCUCUAAAAAUGCAGACGUCCUGGUUGGAUAUCUUGCUUGGCUUCUGCGAGUACCUCUAAUUCCAAGGCAAGAUUUUUGUCAAUUUUUCGUGUGUUGGGAGAUAACCCUCACAAACCAUCACAAACCUGGGUUUCAAGCGUGCGGUUUUUAUUCAGUCAAUGCCAUCGCUGCAGUGCUGAGGAAUUGA